UUAUGAUGUACGGUAAAAGUAAGGUUGAGAUUACUCUAAAUCGCUUCUUUGUGUUUCUAAUUUUGUUUUUUAGAGGAUCAAUUCGUUCAUAUGAAGCAUUUUUUCUUGGUUUUAUGUUUCGUUCGAUUGCCCUAUUUAUGGUUAUGCCGUCUAUAAGAAUGAAUGUUGAAAAAGACUCUUUUCCUUAUUAUCAUUAUAGAUAUUUCUGCUUCACAAUAGCCAUUGUAUAUACGAUAAUAAAAUAUUUGUUGGACCUUCCAACAAGUAUUGUUUAUGAAUUAAGCAAAGUUGUUGAAAGGUUCAACAAGAAUUGUUUGUAA